GUCAAAAAUAUGUUUCGACCACUUACUUGAUGUCUGCAAAUUCAGUACAUUUUUGUUGAUAAUGACGAGUGGCUAGAAAAUAAGCUUCGAGCCUAUAUUAAGCUUCUGAUUAAUGAUUUUUUUGUAACAUGUAAUUUCCUUAAUUUGUUUAAAUAAAAUCUAAUAACUCCAUUGUUUUAGCUGUGAAUAGUAAUGUAAAGACAUGUUUGGCUAUAGCAAAGAAGCUGUUCGAGUGAAAGUCAAGAAAUGCGAAGGGAAACUCCAACCAGAAUUGAGGAAAUUUUCAGUGGAUCCACAAAUAACUUCCUUGGAAGUUUUACAGAGCAUUUUAGUGAAAGCAUUUGAUGUUAAGUCUGAUUUUACUCUCUCCUAUAGAACAGUAGAUGACUAUGGACAGGAAGUAUAUUUACCAUUACUAUCUGAUUGGGAUCUGGAUGCUGCUUUUCUCAAGGCUCAUAAUAUAGCUUUAACUCAAAGAUCAGAGCCAUGCGUACAGUUGAAAGUGGAUAUGAAACCCUUUGCCGAAGCAUCAGAAGACUGGGAACCACCAACUAUAUCAUCUGCACCUGUAACACAGAACUGCAAAGAACAACCUACAGUAUACCAAGCAACUCAAGUCGAAAAGCAGGAAUCACAAACUGGUUUUCAAGGCUUAAUUAUGAACCAGGUUGAGAAGACAUUUAACAUGGUUUCAAGAGCUCUCAAUUUAUAUGAUGACCCCAACACUCCGCCUCGCCCGCCCCUCAGUGAUAUAGAGUUCAGAGCUUUCUUAGAUGCAGUCGGACAAAUUAAUAACACAACUAAGCUUAGAGAAGUUAUAUACUGUGGAGGAAUAGAACCCAGCUUAAGGAAAGUUGUGUGGAAGCACAUUUUGAAUGUUUAUCCGGAUGGAAUGACUGGUAAAGAAAGGAUGGACUACAUUAAAAGAAAAGCUAAUGAGUAUUAUGCUCUACGAACUCAGUGGAAAGAUUGUAUUCAGAAGGGAAAGGUAGAUGCAGAUUUAGCAUAUGUUACAAGCAUGGUACGGAAAGAUGUACUCCGGACUGACAGACAUCAUAAUUUCUAUGCAGGGAGCGAUGACAACCAAAACAUUGCCUCACUUUUCAAUAUUCUGACGACGUAUGCCAUUUACCAUCCAACGGUUAGCUAUUGUCAAGGUAUGUCAGACUUAGCGUCUCCGCUUCUGGUAACGAUGGGUGACGAAGCUCACGCCUAUAUCUGUCUUUGUGCACUUAUGACAAGAUUGUAUCCAAACUUCCUACUAGAUGGCGAAGCGAUGACUCUUAAAUUCACUCAUUUGACCGAAUCUCUUCAAGUAUAUGAUCCAGAUUUUUACAAUUAUCUAAAAUCACAACAAGCGGACGACCUUCUUUUCUGCUACAGAUGGUUGCUAUUAGAAAUGAAACGGGAAUUCGCUUUUGAUGACGCUCUCAGAAUGUUAGAGGUGUUAUGGGCAUCUUUGCCGCAAAAAGCACCAGCUGUGGAGUUACCGUUGAAAGAAAAGGACUUCGACUCAACCGUUGAAAUAAAUAUUGAUCCGCCUCCUCUUAGCCCCUUAGUAAAGGCACCACGAGAGAACGCUUACACCAAAGUAUGCGCCAUUAGGCGUCAAAGCUCUAGUUUUAGUCUGGCGAAUGUCAAAGCGCCUAAACUUGUCACAACGAAACAGACAAACCACAGCCUAGACGAAAAUGCAGCGCGAAAAAUUUUAAACAAUUCGUCUCUUAAACACGCAAAAGAAUAUCAAAGCUUAGACGAUGCCGUACUUCAGUCACAAAAAAUACCUAAAGAUAGUAGUAAUGAUAAAAUUGAUGACAAAGAUGUGGAUGAGCAAACAGUCGGAAAAGAUAUUAACAAAAUCCCCAAGAAAAGAGAAAUGAAAAGUGUUCCUGAGCAUGUAAAAGAUUUAGAAACACAAGAUUCAUCGACAAUUGCUUGGGCAAGUACGGGAAACUUGUCAAAUGGUACAACACAUACGGAACUCAAGGAAAAGCCUUUAGGAAGUCAAAUACGAUUGUUGAGGGAUAAAAUAUCUGUACACAAUAACAGGUUCUUUUCUUCCCUGGACACACUUGACGAUUCUAAUUCAGAUAAUACAAAUAAACCAAAAGUUAAAAUGAUAAAAAACUUAAACGAAUUUCUCAAUUUUGCAACUGGGAGUAGACCAGUUAAACAAGAAAAGCUUCAAAGAACUCAUUCUGCAAUAGAACGUACGCGUACAAAAGAUAAUCCGAAAAUAACAUUAACUAAAACGUCAUAUGAAGAAAACGAUGCGACGUCACAAAGUUUAAAAACUCAGAUUAACAAAAUAAGCAAAAUGAGUUUUGAUACAAAUGAUGGUAGCAGUCCAGACGAUUCACAGGAAUAUUAUCCCAUGACGACUUCGAUGACGAGAGAACUAAGACUAGAACUCGAACAUCUGGAUCGACAAGUAUUCGGUCCCUCUUACGUUAACCGUUGUAGUAUGAUAUGCGACUCACCAUCAGAUUCCACGAGUGCUGAGGACAAACCAGCCGAACAUGCAACUGAAAUUAAAGUUAAUUGUGUUGUAACUGAUGCUCUUGAAGUUCAGACAGAAGUUGCAGAAUCAAUCGACUUUAUGAAAAAGUCGCCACUGUUGGAGACUAUUAGAUCAAAUGCGAGGAGUGCCGAAGAUAUAUAUUUGUGGGAAAAUCCUUUACACAGAAAUACUCCAACGACUCGAACCACAGCGAGCUAUCCUCAAACUCCCGACGAGCAAGCUGAACUCGAUUUUGACGGUGACACGGGGGAAAUAUUCGAAGAACAUUCCGGUAAAAAAUCAAUAACACCCAUAAGACUAUUAAGAAAAAAUCAUUCAUUGGAACCGCAAGACCUGUGUAAACAGAAUUCCAACGCGCAAUCAAGCGAAUCUGAUUCAUCUGAAAAAGAUCCUCCUGAAUCAGUAGAUACUAUCACAAUUAAAAAUAACCAACAAGAAGGAGUGAAUUUAAAAUCACAUAAUUUUUUCUCAAAUAUGUCACAUGAAUUGGAAAAUGCAAAGAAGAAUUGCGAGUCCCUGCUCAAUGUAAAGCAAUCGAAUCUGCAAAGUGUGGCGUCCACGAUAAACAACUUUCAGAAAAAAUAUGAAGUAUUUAAACCGCCUUCAAAUAAAAUUACCGGUGUACCUUCUACGGGGACAGAAAAUACAGUUAAAAAUAGUAUUAGCAGUCUUCCAUCGCCAUUAAUUUUUGGAGGUGGAAAUCCAUUCUUAAUGUAUUUAUGUCUUACGGUAUUGUUACAACACAGAGAUUAUAUUAUGAGAAAUCGCAUGGACUAUAACGAGCUAGCCAUGCAUUUCGAUAAAAUGGUACGUAAACACAAUGUGAACAGGGUAUUAAAUCAAGCGCGGCAAAUGUACGCUCUUUAUCUGAAACAACAAGCACACAAGACUGGUGAUGUUACUAUUUAAAAUUUUCCUUAGUGUUAAAAAAAGGAUCUCCAAUUAAUUCAUUUUAUUGCUCAUAAAUAAAAAUAAUUAGCUUAUUGUAAGUUAAAAAGGAAAUAAUUAUAAUGCAUUUAAUGAAGCGUAACCAAAUAUACAUGCAACAAAUGUGUGUAAUGACCCUUAUGAUAGUAAGAAAAGAGGCCUUAAUUUAAGUGUUUAAUUUGAAGAUAUUAAAAAGUGAGAAAUUUCAAAUAUAGGUAUUCUAGUAAUGCAUUUAAUUGACUGCGAAUUUAUAAGGUUUGAUGCCGAGGAUACUCUAAUAAAUCCAAUGGAUUAGUUAUUCAAUACAUUACAAGGGAAACAAUACAUUGCGCAAUACGUUUUUAAAUUUAGAGCGUAUCUUUGUUUCAAGAAACUUACGAUCAAAUUACUUUUAAUCGGUUUUCCAGUAGCUUAUUUAUUUGUCCUGGCAUAAGCGCAUUUAUCUGAGCAUACGAAUGCAACAACUUUGUUUUUAAAGUGUUCAUUUAAAAUUGAAUCGUGUCAAUAAAAGUAGAUUUUGUACACAAGUUAGUUCUAUACAAAGUCUUGUAAUAACCUAAACAGCGUUGUCAGAUGUUUUAUUUAAUGACAGCCAACUACAACAUUUUUUCCUUCCUCGGAAUAAAAAUUGAAGCAAUUAAUAAUGCCAAUAAUUCAGAAAAGAUGAAUAUAAUUAAUAUUUUGUAUGGUUAAACAUUUAACUUUUUUUGACAAUAGUGAUGAAUAAUUCCUAUGACAAAUAAAUCGUGGCGAAGGUAGGUAUUUUAUCUUUACUACAAAGUCCAUUCUUAAUAUAUAUAAGCCACUAUUCUUUGUAAACCACCUGUAACGAAAUUGAUGAAAUCCCUAAGUUUAAUAUUAUUUUAUUUUUUAGCGCUGUCUGAACUCAUAGAAUAAAUAUGAAAUAAGGGAAUUCUUAAAUGUACUUUUUAAAGGUUUGUUUUAUCAUUCCAAUUCCACCAUAAUUGGGCAGCAUUUGUCAAUUUUCUCAGUCAAUAUGUAUAUCUGGUAACGCUGUAGGUAAAUUGAAACGUCGGUUAAAUUUCGUUUUAGGAAAUACUACAAACCAACCAGUUCUAUAAAUGCAUACUUCUGCACGCCUUUGCCUUUAACGAGUAAUAUGUAGUAAAGAUUUUGUUUUUAAAAAAAAUAUCGCGCAAAUGUUUUCCCUUUAUUGUAAUUCCAAAGAUUCAUCAAGAUCAUUUAACUUUUUUUAUUUUUGUUUAAAUAUUUCUUAUAAUUUUUUUGUCAAUUGUAAAUUAUUUUAAAUGCAUUUUAUGCCCGAUGCGAUUGUUUUUAAUAUACGUAAAUGCACAAUGCUCCAAAUUUAAAUAGAUAUAAAGUUACUCUGUAAAUUGUAUAUUUAGUAUUAAAGAAAACUUUGAUUAUAUAUCUGAAUUAACCAUUCCAUUAAUUCUUAUUCAAAUUAAAAUAAUAAGAUAACAAUAUGGAUGCCUUUAUUAUAAUAUAAAAAAAACAUUCGACAUUAAUUGCUGUGCUUAAAUUAAUAAGUAUUACGAAAGCUUAUUUUGAAAAACUGUAAAUAAAUUAUUCAGAGCUAAA